GAGAGUAACGUCGGUCGUACGCGCACCGGAAGUGGCCGUGCGCCGGGUCUCCCUCCCCCUCAGUCUCUUUCUCUGGCGUGGCGGACAUGCUGCAGCUCCUCUAACCGGGCCCGCCAUUACCUGCCGCAAUGCCGGUCUACUUCCAGCGCCCCGAGAACGCCCUCAAGCGGGCUAACGAGUUCCUUGAGGUUGGUAAGAAGCAACCAGCCCUCGACGUUUUAUACGACGUGAUAAAGAGCAAAAAGCACCGAACAUGGCAGAAAAUUCACGAGCCGAUUAUGCUCAAGUACCUGGAGCUCUGCGUGGAUCUGCGCAAGAGUCACCUGGCCAAGGAAGGCUUGUACCAGUACAAGAACAUCUGCCAGCAGGUUAAUAUUAAGUCUCUGGAAGAUGUCGUCCGCGCUUACUUGAAAUUGGCCGAGGAGAGGACGGAAUCGGCCAAAGAGUCUUCGCAGCAGAUGGUGUUGGACAUUGAAGAUCUUGAUAAUAUUCAGACUCCUGAAAGUGUUCUGCUGAGCGCUGUUAGCGGUGAGGACACCCAGGACCGUACGGAUCGACUGCUUCUGACUCCUUGGGUAAAGUUCCUCUGGGAGUCAUACAGACAGUGCUUGGACCUGCUCAGAAACAACUCCAAAGUCGAGCGUCUCUAUCAUGACAUCGCUCAGCAAGCCUUCAAGUUCUGCCUGCUCUACACCCGAAAAGCCGAGUUCCGGAAGCUGUGCGACAACCUCAGGAUGCAUUUGAGUCAGAUCCAGCGGCACCAUAAUCAGAGCACUGCCAUUAACCUGAACAAUCCCGAGAGCCAGUCCAUGCACUUAGAAACUAGGCUGGUUCAACUGGACAGUGCCAUUAGCAUGGAGCUCUGGCAGGAAGCCUUCAAAGCUGUUGAGGAUAUACACGGCCUUUUUGCCUUAUCUAAGAAGCCGCCGAAACCCCAGCUGAUGGCAAAUUAUUACAAUAAAGUCUCAACUGUAUUCUGGAAGUCCGGAAACGCACUGUUCCAUGCCUCCACCUUGCACCGCCUGUAUCACCUCUCUCGGGAAAUGAGAAAGAAUCUGACCCAAGAGGAAAUGCAGAGGAUGUCUACGAGGGUCCUGCUCGCUACACUCUCCAUCCCCAUAACUCCUGAGCGCACAGACAUCGCCCGUCUCCUGGAUAUGGAUGGAAUAAUUGUGGAAAAACAGCGACGCUUGGCCACUUUGCUAGGACUGCAAUCACCUCCCAAUCGUGCCGGACUCAUUAAAGAUAUGGUGCGGUUUAAUGUCAUGCAAUACAUUCUACCCGAGGUGAAGGAGUUGUACAACUGGCUGGAAGUGGAUUUCCACCCGCUCAAACUCUGCGACCGUGUCACCAAGGUGUUGGAUUGGAUAAAAGAACAAGCCGAGAAAGAGCCUGAGCUGCAGCAGUACGUUCCUCAGCUACAAAGCAACACCGUUCUGCGCCUUCUGCAGCAGGUGGCACAGAUCUAUCAGACCAUUGAGUUCUCCCGACUCGCCUCGCUGCUGCCCUUCGUUGAUGCCUUUUUGCUGGAGCGUGCCAUCGUCGAUGCUGCGAGGCACUGCAAUUUGCAAGUGCGUAUAGAUCACACGUCUCGUACUCUAAGCUUCGGGUCGGAUUUGAAUUAUUCCACACGGGAAGAUGCACCCGUCGGGCCUUUCCUGCAAAACAUGCCCUCUGAGCAUAUCCGGAACCAGCUCACUGCAAUGUCUUCUGUCCUUUCCAAGGCUGUAGCCACUAUUAAACCAGCUCAUGUGUUGCAAGAGAAGGAGGAACAGCACCAGAUUGCUAUCGUUUCCUACCAGAAGAACUCCCGAAAGGAACACCAGCGUAUUCUUGCCCGUCGCCAGACUAUAGAAGAACGCAAGGAACGCCUAGAGAACCUCAACAUCCAGCGAGAAAAAGAAGAGCAUGAGCAGAGAGAAGCAGAGCUCCAAAAAGUGCGGAAAGCAGAGGAGGAAAGGCUGCGCCAGGAGGCUAAAGAGAGGGAGAAGGAGCGCAUUUUACAGGAGCAUGAGCAAAUCAAGAAGAAAACCGUGCGGGAGCGACUGGAGCAGAUCAAGAAGACUGAGUUUGGUGCCAAAGCUUUUAAAGACAUUGACAUAGAAAAUCUUGAGGAACUGGAUCCAGACUUCAUUAUGGCUAAACAGGUGGAGCAGUUGGAGAAGGAAAAGAGAGAGCUCCAAGAUCGUCUGAAGAAUCAGGAGAAGAAGAUUGACUACUUUGAAAGAGCAAAACGCUUGGAAGAAAUCCCCCCACUAAAGAAAGCCUAUGAUGAGCAGAGAAUCAGCGACAUGGAGCUGUGGGAGCAGCAGGAGGAGGAAAGGAUCAGCACCUUACUGCUGGAGCGAGAGAAGGCUGUGGAACACAAGAACAGGAUGUCGAGGAUGCUGGAGGACAAAGAAUCUUUUGUUUCUGAGCUGAAAGCCUCCCGUCAAUCAGUGUUCGAGGCAAAACUGAAGCAGUUCCAAGAAAGGUUAGCCGAGGAAAAGCAUGCACGCCUGGAGGAAAGAAAGAGACAGCGCAAGGAAGAAAGGAGAAUUGCUUAUUACAGAGACAAGGAAGAGGAGGAACAGAGACUCAAAGAGGAGCAACUUAAGCAGGAACAAGAAGAACGAGAGAAAAUUGAGAACGAGAAGCGUGAAGCUGAACAGCGAGAAUAUCAAGAGCGAAUUAAGAAGCUGGAAGAACAGGAACGCAAGAAGCGCCAGCGAGAGCUCGAAAUUGAAGAGCGGGAAAGGAAGCGAGAGGAGGAAAGGCGGGGUGGGGAUGAUACGCUCAGGAAGGAUACUUCUCGCUGGGGAGAGCGAGAGGAAAGUGGAUGGAGAAGAGGUGAGGAACCAGAUGAACGCAAGCAAGCUCCUCCUGAAAGUAUUUGGCGUAGAGCUGGGCAGGAUUCAAAGCCAGUAAGAGAUGAAGACCAUGAAGCAGAUGAGGAUGCCAGUUUGAGAAAGGAUGAAGAACAGGUGUCUCGGCCUGAUGGUGAAGAAGAAAAGGGAGGUUCUUGGCGAGGUACAGAUGAUCGUGGUCCAAAACGGGGUCUUGAAGAAGAUCGAGGCCCUAGGAGAGGAUUUGAAGAUGACAGAGGGCCACGCCGUGGCUUGGAUGAUGACCGAGGCCCAAGGAGAGGCUUGGAUGAUGACAGAGUCCCAAGGAGAGGCUUGGAUGAUGACAGAGGCCCAAGGAGAGGCAUAGAUGAUGACAGAGCUCCUAGACGUGGCUUUGAUGAAGACAGAGGCCCAAGGCGGGGCAUUGAUGAUGACAGUGGUCCUAGACGAGGCUUUGAUGAUGAUAGAGGACCACGUCGUGGCUUUGAUGAUGACCGUGGGCCAAGGAGAGGUUUUGAUGAUGACCGUGGGCCAAGGAGGGGCUUUGAUGAUGACCGUGGGCCAAGGAGGGGCUUUGAUGAUGACCGUGGUCCAAGGAGGGGCUUUGAGGAUGACCGUGUUCCAAGGAGGGGCUUUGAGGAUGACCGUGGUCCAAGGAGGGGCUUCGAAGAGGACCGUGGUCCAAGGAGGGGCUUUGAUGAGGACCGUGGUCCUCGACGGGGUUUUGAAGAUGAUAGAGCUCCCCGUCGUGGCUUUGAUGAGGACCGAACACCUAGUCGUGGUUUUGAUGAUGAUCGUGGAUCUUGGCGGGGUGCAGCGGACGAAGACAGAGGCCCCAGGCGGGGUGCAGCGGACGAAGACAGAGGCCCCAGGCGUGGAGCAGACGAAGACAGAGGCCCCAGGCGUGGAGCAGACGAAGACAGAGGCCCCAGGCGUGGAGCAGACGAAGACAGAGGCCCCAGGCGUGGAGCAGACGAAGACAGAGGCCAGACACCCUGGAAACCCAUUGUAGCAAGUCGCCCAGGGGGCUGGCGAGAGCGAGAGAAAGCCCGGGAAGACAGUUGGGGCCCACCCCAUGAAUCUAAGCCAGCUGAAGAGCGCAGUUGGGCUAAGAGAGGAGAAGAAAGCGAAAAGGAUUCUGAGCGAGACAAGCACCCAGUCAGAGAGGAAUCUGUAUGGCGACGGGGAGGAGACGAUAAUGUAACGCCCAGAAAGGUCUCGCCGGGUGAUAAGAGCACAGACGACAAAACAGAACCCAGGGACAGGAGACGUGUGCCUCCUAAAACAGACGAAGCGAGCCCAUGGCGACGAGACGAAGAAAAAGAGAGCCGGCAAGAAGAGCGCGGGACCCCCCGGGGAGCUCCUGCAGUCGACAGGGAAAAGCCCUCUUGGAACACCGAAAAAGAGGAAAAAGACGCCCCUCGACGCACUAAACUUGAAACCGACGAAGAUGGGUGGACAACAGUGCGGCGUUAGGUAGCUGUAAUCUGAUUGGUCAGGCUUGGCAUUAUGUGGAGGAAGCAGCAGUCGGCGUCUCUGAGAUCUGCCCUUUAUUCCCAUUUUUCACCCACCCAAGGAGUCCUGGAGGGUUCUUGGUAACUUCUCUUAUACAACAUAAAAUAUUCCUACUCAAUGUGCUCUUUGUACCUGGAGAACCCGUGUGAAACCCCUUGCAUAUGAAUGAACUGGUCCUUUAAAACCACGUUGUAAGUUUUUUUUUUUUUUUUUUUUUUUUUCCCCCCGCUGUGGUUCCCCUACUCAUGAAGCGGUGGUACGUUCUGUUCAGUAAUUGUUAGCACUGCACUUAAAAAAUAUGUACAUUCUGUCCUUUUAAAUCAUGACCUGGAAUUGGUUAAAUACUCCUAUUGGUUAAUGCGCUUAAUGAUGGAGCUUCCCAGUCACUGAAACCAAAAUCAGUUUUCUGUAGUGUCAGUCGCUGCUACACAGAAGAAUGUUGGGGCCCCUAUGGAUCUGUUAGAGGACCCCAGGCUUCCAGCUGGGACAGCCCUGCGUUUUAUUAUAAGCUCCCAGUGAAUCAAUGGAUUGUGACUGCCUUAGCCAAUGAAACAUCAGAGCAUCAUUACCAAGGUAGCCAUUUCAUCCAAUCAAAAUGAAGGUUCUUAUUUUUCAGGCCCAUGUAGUUGUCAUUAUACCUCUAGUAAAUGUAAAGCAGUGAGUUGCCCCUAACAUGUCCGCUAACCAUGACUUGAUCCUGGACCUAUCACUGCUCAUAAUGUAAAGCCUGUUUUUCUCCAUUUUUCUUUUUUUGAAUGAGUUUCUAAUAAAGAGAAGUGACCCUUUAAAGAUAAACUGUGCUUAACCUCAUGCAUGACCAAUGUGCAGCCUGCAGCUGCAGAACUACAACUCCCAUCAUCCCACCGACAUUUGAGGAUUGGGUAGUGGGAGUCACAUGUUCAGCCUUAGCUGUAGGGGCUGCGAUUGGCUUCAUAUUCCAUCUUUGUGCUCGUAGAAGAGGGUGACGUUUUGCUACGACUGCUUUUUUUUUUUUCGUUUCUACUGAAAUGUCCUAUUUAAAUAAAGCAAGUAUUGUAGUAGGAGGAAUUUUUACCCUUUCUAUCUCCUUUCUCUUCUCCUAAAAAGCUGCGCGACUCUGUUGGGUUUCAGGAACAUCCGGUUGUGCUGUAUGGCAAUGUAUUUAGGCAAAACAGGACUUGCUGCUGGUUAUUGUAUGGAAAAUAAAGUACUUAUACAAA